GUCUGUCUAGUCGGUGUCCUGUACGUUGUCGAUUCAAUUGUUUUACCCAUGGGUCAACAACUAACUACUCCUUUAAGUCUGACUUUAGGACAUUGGAAAGAGGUCACGAAACGGGCACAUAUCCAGUCAAUGGAAGUGCGCAAGAAAAAGUGGCUGGCUUUCUGCACCUCUGAGUGGCCCUCCCUUGAGGUCAGAUGGCCUCAGGACGGCACUUUUAACCUUACUAUUAUUUUACAGGUCAAAGAGAAGGUUUUCCAACCCGGGACCGCAUGGACAUCCGGACCAAGUGCCUAUAUUGUCACCUGGGAGAGUCUCUCCCGAGAUCCUCCAACAUGGGUUAAGCCUUUCCUGAAUGAACCACCUAAGCCUAUGCCAAAAACUCCACCAGUUCUCCCAGACACUCAGGAAAAUCUUCUACUUCUAGACCCUCCUCCUCCGUACCCUCCUCAAGUCCCACCACAGUUGGUUCAGGAACCCCAGGACCCUGAGCCACCCUCCCCCAACUCCACCGAAAUGGGAGGGUUAGAGCCCUCCUCCUCCCUACCCUCUACUCGCCUGUGGCUGCAGAGGGAACGUGCCGGUGGCCCGGAGGGUGUCUGGUCCUCUCAAGCAUUUCCUUUAAGGUUGAUGGCCUGCCAGAUUCAGUAUUGGCCAUUCUCCGCCUCCGACCUAUACAACUGGAAGACCCACAAUCCCUCCUUUUUCCAAGACCCCCAAGCUUUGACCAGAUUAAUUGAAUCCAUUCUACUCACUCACCAACCCACUUGGGAUGAUUGUCAGCAACUUUUACAGGUCCUCCUCACCACGGAGGAAAAACAGCGAGUCAUAUUAGAGGCUCGUAAAAAUGUGCUGGGAGCAGAUGCCAGGCUGACCCAACUGCCUAACAAGAUCGAGGACGUCUUCCCUCUGACUCGCCCGGAGUGGGACUACAACACCGUGGCCGGUAGGGAGCGACUCUGUCUCUAUCGCCAGACUCUGUUAGCUCGUCUCAAAGGGGCAGGGAAGCGCCCCACCAAUUUGGCCAAGGUACGUGCGAUUAUCCAGGGUCAGAAAGAGAUGCCGGCAGGGUUCUUAGAACAUUUAAUGGAAGGUUAUCACAUGUAUACCUCUUUUGACCCUUUGGCCGCCUAACGCCAGUUGGAUGUAAUUAUGUCGUUAUUCAGACAAUCGGCUCCCGAUAUCCGAAACAAAUUACAACGACUGGAUGGGCUGCAAGAGUAUACAUUACAGGACCUACUAAAGGAGGCAGAUAAAAUUUUCAAUAAAAGGGAAACACAGGAGGAAAAGGAAGAAAGAUUAUGCAAAGAGCAAGAGCGGAGGAAGGACAUCUGGGACAAAAAGCGGAAUUGAGAAUUAACCAAAAUUUUGGCCACAGUAGUGCAGGGUGCAGGGCAAGGUAGGCCAGGACAGAAUAAGACCCUGGGAGACAAGAGAAGGCCCCGAGUAGAACGAGACCAAUGUGCCUACUGCAAAGAAAAGGGACACUGGGUUAAAGACUACCCUAAGCUGUCUCAGGAAACUAAGAAAAAGACAGUUCCAGUCCUGCCCUUGGGGGAAGACAUAGGAAAGUCAGGGCCAGGAACCCCCCCUCAGCCCAGGGUAACUCUUGACGUAGGGGGGGCACCCGGGACCUUCCUGGUAGAUACGGGAGCACAACAUUCGGUGCUGACCGAGGCCAGGGGGCCUCUGAGUUCUAAAACUUCUUGGGUCCAGGGAGCUACUGGGGGAAAAUUGUACAGGUGGACAACUGAAUGAAAGGUCCAUUUGAACACCGGACAGGUGACUCACUCGUUCCUACUGGUGCCAGAUUGCCCAUACCCCCUAUUGGGCUGGGAUUUGCUUUCAAAAGUGGGGGCCCAAAUUCACUUUCAUGAUAAGGGGAUUUCAGCCACCAGCCCGGAAGGGCAGCCCCUUCAAAUACUGACAAUACGCCUAGAGGAUGAACAUCGAUUGCUCAAAAAAACCCCAGCUAAUACAACCUCUCUAGACCCCAAGUGGUUAACGGACUUUCCCCAAGCUUGGGCAGAAACGGCCGGAGUAGGAUUGGCUGUCAACCAACUGCCCCUAAUAAUUGACUUAAAACCCUCGGCCACCCCAGUGUCAAUCCGGCAGUAUCCUAUGAGCAAGGAGGCCAAGGAGGGCAUCAGGCCCCAUAUAGAGAGACUGUUGCGGUUGGGCAUCUUAAAACCGUGCCACUCGCCUUGGAAUACCCCCCUCCUCCCAAUAAAAAAGCCAGGCAUGGGGGGCUACAGGCCAGUGCAGGACCUACGGGAAGUUAACCGAAGGACGGGAGACCUGCACCCUACUGUGCCCAAUCCUUACAACCUGCUAAGUACCCUACCACCAAGUCAUCAAUGGUAUAUGGUACUAGACCUUAAAGAUGCAUUCUUUUGUUUAAGACUGAGUCCUCAAAGUCAACCCCUGUUCGCCUUCGAGUGGAAAGACCCGGAGGCCGGACUUUCUGGACAACUCACUUGGACGAGAUUGCCACAAGGGUUUAAAAAUUUGCCUACCCUGUUUGAUGAGGCCCUGCACCAGGAUCUAGCAGCCUUCCGAGUCAACAACACCAGCAUAGUCCUCCUUCAAUGUGUGGACGACCUGCUUUUGGUGGCAGAAACCAAACAGGACUGUCUAAAAGGUACGGGGUCCCUGCUAAAAAAAUUGGGGGAAUUGGGAUACAGAGCCUCCGCGAAAAAGGCGCAAGUGUGCAAAAGACAGGUGACCUACCUGGGAUACCUGCUAGAAGGUGGUCAGUGGUGGCUAACAGAGGGCCGGAAACAGACAGUUGCCCUAAUUCCAUCACCCAAGAGCGCCCGACAAAUGCGAGAAUUUCUCGGCAGCACAGGCUUCUGCCGACUAUGGAUACCAAGAUUUGCGGAAUUAGCAGCACCUCUGUACCCCCUCACUAAACCCAAUGCCCCCUUUAUAUGGGAAAAAGAACAUCAAAUGGCGUUUGAUCAAAUCAAAAGGGCUCUAUUGUCAGCCCUUGCCCUAAGCCUCCCCGAUGUGACUAAGCCCUUCACAUUGUACAUUGAUGAACGAAGGGGAAUAGCAAAGGGCGUCCUGGUUCAUAAACUGGGACCUUGAAAAAAGCUGGUGGCUUACUUCUCAAAAAAAUUGGAUAAUGUGGCCGCUGGUUGGCCCCCAUGUCUGCGCAUGGUGGCCGCAGUGGCAGUCCUUGUCAAAGAUGCAGAUAAAUUGACUCUAGGACAAUCCCUCACCGUGGUGGCCCCCCAUGCCAUUGACACCAUCAUCCGGCAGCCACCAGAUAGGUGGCUCUCCAAUACCCGAAUGACUCACUACCAAGCCAUGUUGCUCAACCCGGAGCAGAUUCAGUUCGGACCUGCCACCCCCCUGAACCCGGCUAUCCUGCUCCCGGACAUGGAGCCCGGCGCCUGGGUACCUCAUGACUAUCAUCAAAUCCUGGUUGAGGCCCAUGGCACCCAGGAGGAUCUGACAGAUCGGCCGUUACCAGACGCGGAACACACCUGGUACACCGACCAGAGCAGUUUUCUACAAAACGGUGAGCGGAGGGUGGGGGCGGCCAUGGUGGAUGGACACUCCAUAAUAUGGGCAAGCGCCUUGCCUGCGGGAACCUCGGCUCAGAAAGCCAAGCUUGUGGCCAUCACACAGGCCCUUAAACAAGCUAGCAGGAAAAAAGUUAACAUCUAUACUGAUAGCCUCUAUGCGUUCGCUACCGCCCAUAUACAUGGAGAAAUUUACCGAAGAAGGGGCCUCUUAACCUCAGCAGGAAAAGAUAUAAAAAACAAGACUGAAAUUUGAGACCUCUUACAGGCGCUUUUCCUACCUAAAAAGUUGAGCAUAAUUCACUGUCCUGGACACCAGCGGGGAAGUGACCCUAUAACAAGAGGAAAUAAAAUGGCGGAUGAGGUUGCUAGAACAGCUGCGGUAGGCCCGCAGACUCUACACCUGAGUACUGCAGUGGCCCAGCAUACGCCAGACUGUGGGGUCCUCCCCUUCCCCUAUUUAGAUCAAGAUUUGGAUGAAAUCCAGCGGCUUGGGGCAGAUUACGAUGAACAAAAGGGAGUUUGGACACUCCAGGACAAAGUUGUCCUGCCCCACAAAAUGGCCCAUGAACUAAUAACUCGACUCCAUAGGUGGACUCAUUUGGGACAUAAAAAACUAAAAAUGCUGCUGCGACAAAAAGAUCAACCUUACUUUAUCCCAAGGCUUAACUUUCUAGUUCAACAGGUCACCGAGUCCUGCGUUCCCUGCGCUAAGGUCAAUGCGGGGCGCCUCAAGCUGCCGGAAGGAACAAGGUUCCAGGGGGAUCGACCCGGAGUCAAUUGGGAGGUAGACUUCACCGAGGUUAAGCCAGGAAAAUAUGGUAACAAGUAUCUCCUAGUUUUUGUAGACACCUUCUCUGGGUGGGUGGAAGCCUUUCACACCAAACAAGAAACCGCUCAAGUGGUCGUCAAAAAAAUCAUCGAGGACAUCUUCCCGCAAUUUGGUCUCCCUCAGGUAAUUGGGUCUGAUAACGGGCCUGCCUUCGUCUCCCAGGUAGGUCAGCUGGUGGCCAAAACGCUGGGGAUAAACUGGAAAUUACAUUGUGCUUAUUGGCCCCAAAGUUCAGGACAGGUAGAACGGACAAAUAGAACAAUUAAAGAGACCUUAACUAAAUUAGCUAUGGAGACUGGCACUAGAGACUGGGUCCAACUCCUCCCUAUGGUCUUGUUCCGGGUCCGGAACACGCCCUCACACCAUGGGUUAACCCCAUAUGAAAUAUUGUAUGGGGGACCCCCUCCUGCCGCAAACCUGCUUGACCCUAUGCUUGACCCCUUUAUUAACAUGCCUAAUUUGCAGGCACGACUAAAGGCACUCCAGAUCAUACAGAACCAGAUCUGGAGACCUCUAGCUGCGGCCUACUGGACCGGGAAUGCGUCAGUCCCUCACUCCUUCCAAAUCGGCGACUCUGUCUACAUCAGAAGACACCAGUCUAAGACUCUCGAACCCCGCUGGAAUGGCCCCUACUCUGUACUGUUGACCACUUCGACAGCCCUUAAGGUAGACGGAAUCGCCACCUGGGUUCAUGCGUCCCAUGUCAAGCGAGCACCAUCGGGAGCUGAAAGAGCCUCGGGCGAACCAGCACAAUGGAAAUUGCAACGCACUCAAAAUCCGCUCAAGCUAAGACUUUUAAAAACUGUGUAA